CCCACUUCCUUCACUCUCUUGCUAAAUACUGCUUAGCAGUUUGCAGCAAAAUCUCUUUCUCUCUUUCUCUCUCUCUCUCUCUGUUUCCUUUCUCUCUCUCUAUCUCCCUUUUCAGUUUUCACCUAAUUCUUCUUUUACCUCCUUUUUUCUGAGUUUGCUCAACACCGGCAGCUCCUCGCCGCCACCUUCACGUCACCGCCACUCUGUCCUUCCGACUUCGCUGCUCUUCGCUCUUUGGUCAGUAAAGGUUAAAGUACUUUUUAAUGUCUUCAGUCUUACUAGAAGCACGGACCUUUAAAAGCAAGUACCUUCCUUCCAUCUUAUUGCUCUGAAUUAUUGAAGAUUCAUGGAGAUAUUUAGUGUGCUUUCACUUGGCUAAAAUGAAGACUUCACAGAACUUGCAGGACUCACAUAAAACACAAGAGAAACAACCUUCAACGCAGGUCUCACAUGAUUCCCAAAAUGACCAACUGAACAAUAAAACAGAGAAUCCUGUUGCAGAUUCAGGAUCAGUUUCUGCAACUGGCAACGGAAACAGGAAAGUUUCACAUGAAGAUAUUGAGCUUGUUCAAAACUUGAUUGAGAGAUGUUUGCAGUUGUAUAUGAAUAGAGAUGAAGUAGUGAAAACACUUCUCAGCCGUGCAAAGAUAGACCCUGGAUUUACAACUCUAGUUUGGCAAAAGUUGGAAGAAGAAAAUGCUGAUUUUUUUCGGGCCUACUACAUAAGAUUGAAACUGAAGAAACAAAUCAUAUUGUUCAAUCACUUGCUUGAGAAUCAGUAUCAUCUAAUGAAAUAUCCAGUACCCCCUAAGGUUCCAUUAGCUCCAUUGCAAAAUGGGAUUAAUACCAUGCCAGUCAACAAUUUACCCAUGGGAUAUCCUGUCCUGCAACAACCUCCAGUUCCAGCUACAGGUCAACCUCCUCAUGUAGAUUCAAUGGGCAUAUCAAGCUGCCAUGUGGUCAAUGGCGUUCCUGCGCCAAGCAACUUCCAUCCAAUGCGGAUGAAUUCUGGAAAUGAUAUGGUGAUGGAAACCAGUGCGUCAGAUGUAUCAGCAGCUGCUCCACCAAGUAAUGCCAUUUCAUCAAUGCCAGAUAUGCCUGUAAGCCCCACCCAAGCGGCCUCCAGUGGUCAUUUCCCCUUUACUGCAGCAGAGAUAUCUGGGAUGGGAGUAGAUGCAUCUGCCCUUGAUACAGCAUUUGCAUCUGAUGCUAGCUCAGUAGGAUUACAGCUUCCUACUGAUAAUGGAGAUGGAAAUUCUAGAGAUUUUCUCAGAUCCUUGUCUCAAAUUCCUUGGAAUUUCAGUCUUUCAGACCUAACAGCAGAUCUACCACACUUGGGAGAUCUAGGAGCUCUUGGAAAUGACACUGGCUCACCCUUUUUGCCUUCUGAUUCAGAUAUUCUACUUGACUCUCCAGAGCAAGAUGACUUAGUAGACGAGUUCUUCGUUGAUUCCAUCCCCAGCCAAGAGCCAACAGGAACUCAAUCGGACGAGGAAAAUCCCUAGCCAAAUUUACAUAUACUGGUGUCCUAGAAAUUCUGCAGUGUAAGAAUAAGUGGCGCAAUACAAUGGUUACAGAGACACGAGGUGCAUAAAGAAGAUUGCUUACCCAGUUUUACGGUCCCAGACUUAGUUUAACUAUUUAGACAUUGUAGCUUUCAAGUUUCAAGGCAGGUAUUAGUGUUUUAGCUUAAUUAUCUUCCAAAUUACGCUACACUCUAGGGAUGGGCAUAUCCUAUUUGAACUCUUCAAGCGCCAUGUUGAUGUCAUGGUGCAGCACUUUGAUUCAAUUAUUUCUUUUUCUAAACUCGUAGAUUACAGGUUCAUUUUGAUAUAAAAAAACAAAUUUAUUCUAUGUAACAUUAUCUAUGUGCUUAUUUGGUUUAUGGGAUGUGAAACCCUCUCAGGUACUAUGAAACUUUUACUUA